AACAUCACAGUCGCAUUCUUUAACGAUAGCGACUCCACAUCAUGUGACAGCGCAGAUACAUCCAAAGCUCUCGUACUCACCACGCGUACCAUCCCUGCCUCAUUUGUAUGCUUCAAUGUCUCGGAUCUCUUUACACAAUCCAAUACCACGGGUUUCUCAAAUGGUAGCACGCCAUAUUCCCACCCUGAACAACUGGAACUCCCCAAUCGCGUCGACUGGCUCAUUAGUAACCUGGACAACUACGACUCGAAUGCCAACUACUCGCGUGUCUGGUACGAGCAGAAUGGACCGACCGGGAAGGUUGAAGAGGGCGUGAAUGGCCAAUGGGUUUUUUACAUCUACGCAUUUGAAGAUUGUAAGCAGGUGGGAGGAGAUGCGUUCGAUCAGAAUAAGAAUCCCUGGUUCGAGAACAGUUGUCAGACCAAAGACGGCGGCCAGUGCAGGACGGUCCCAAAUACUAUCAAAAGUUUUGGAUUAAACAAAGCAGAUGAAUACAACAAAGGUCAUGGAGGGUGCGCGACUUGGGCAUAUAUGGGCGAUGCGAAGCGCUUA